AUGGCUUCAACGAAGGCUCAAGUUGCUUGUUCGGGCGACAUCGGAGAUGAAAUGGUGUUAGCCGAGACGGAAAUCGGUUGUGGGGGUGACGAAGUCAGCAAAAGGGAUUUCAUAGAGAAGGAAAUAGGAUGUUCUGGGGACGGAGGAGAUCCGGACGGGUUUCUGAAAACGUGUGUGUUGGAGGGCUUCGGUGACCGAGACACGGUUGAGGCAAUGAUCGCCAGUCUGCCAGACGUCCACGGAGAGCUGAAGAGCAGGGAGGCGAUCACAGAGAAGUUCUAUGCGACACUCAGCAAAUAUCAAGAACAACCUCACCUGCUGGAUCCUCACUUGGAGUGGAUGGUGAAUAUGUUAAUAGAGUUUGUGAGGCGUAAGGAUUGCCCAUCUUCCUUAUUUCAUUUGGCCUUUAAGUUCCUCUACCUCAUUUCUAAGGUGAGAGUCUACAAAACCUUCAUGCGUCGUUUUCCUCAUGAGGUCGCUGACAUCGAGCCAGUUUUGGAUUUGCUGUCUAAGCAGGACCCAAAAGACACAGAGACAUGGUCAUCACGCUACAUUCUGCUGUUGUGGCUAUCCAUGACCUGCCUCACACCCUUUGACCUUUCUCGUCUUGACGGCAAUCUGCAGUGUGAAGACGGCAGAGUUAGAGAGCCCAUCAUGGAGCGCAUCCUUGCUAUUGCUAAGUCCUACCUUGUUGUCAGUGACCGUUGCAGGUUUGCAUCUGCCGUGUUGGUGUCAAAGUUCAUGACCCGACCUGACGUUGUAAAAACGUGCCUUGAAAAUUUCCUGGACUGGAGCCUCAACACUAUAUCCCAAAAUAACGAUCAGUACCUAGACUCCAUCAGAAUGCUAGAUGGCGCUCUUCAAUCUCUGGCGAUGCUUUUUCAACACGGAAAGCGGGAAGACCUCUUACAGCACACGUCUCGAGUUUUACGAUGCCUGGAGGAAAAACAUCUCUCGGAGAGCAGCGAAGCCACACUGAGGAAGCUCAAUGUCAAACUGAUUCAACGACUUGGCCUCACCUACCUUAAGCCUCGGUUGGCCCCUUGGAGGUACCAGAGAGGUAGCCGGUCCAUAGCGUCAACUCUUUUGUCAAACCAGGCCUCAGAUGCGCUUAAAGGGUCGACAGAAGAAGUGGAGGAAGAUUAUGAUAUUCCGGAGGAGUUAGAGACUGUUAUUGAACUUCUACUGGUGGGCCUUAAGGAUAAGGAAACAGUAGUGCGUUGGUCUGCAGCAAAGGGUGUUGGGAGAGUGACUGGUAGGCUUCCCAAGGAGUUGGCAGACGAGGUGGUGGCGUCAGUUCUGGAUAGCUUCAGCUUCCAGAGGACAGACACUUGGCACGGAGGGUGUUUGGCCCUCGCAGAACUCGGUAGGAGAGGCCUGCUGCUGCCUUCGAGAUUACCAGACGUGGUGCCACUAAUCAUCAAGGCUUUAACCUAUGAAGAAAAGAGGGGCGCUUGUAGCAUCGGCUCCAAUGUCCGGGACGCGGCCUGCUACGUGUGCUGGGCCUUCGCCAGAGCGUACGAUCCCAAGGAGCUCAAGCCUUUUGUCCAGCAAAUUGCCAGCGCUUUGCUGGUGACAAGCGUGUUCGAUCGAGACGUUAGCUGCCGCAAAGCCGCCUCUGCUGCUUUCCAGGAGAAUGUUGGCAGGCAGGGGACGUUUCCACAUGGCAUUGACAUUGCAACAGCAGCAGAUUAUUGUGCUGUGGCCAAUCUCAACCAUUGUUAUCUGAGAACUAGUGUUUACAUUGCUAGCUUCCCCGAGUACACAAUGGCCAUGAUUGAUCACUUGGUAGCCAUGAAGGUCAACCACUGGGAUGGCGCGAUUCGAGAACUCACCUGCAAAGCGCUCCACAGCCUAACACCGCUAGCACCUGACUACAUGGCAACUUCGGUUUUGCCUCAGCUUUUGCACAUGGCUGUGACUAAGGACCUUCAAGGUCGUCACGGCGCCAUUUUGGCAUGUGCAGAGGUGACGUAUGCUCUCUACGAAUUCGGCCUGCACAGUGGCAGAACUGUAGUGGACAUGAUUCCCUCUGAGUGUGUGGAGGCAAUGAAGGAGAUUCAUCAGAAGCUACAAGACAAGCAACAGUAUAGAGGUUAUGUUGGAGAACUAUUAAGGCCAGCCAUGUGCAGGCUUAUUGAAAAGCUCUCCUUGUCUAAAAUGCCAUAUAAGGACGACCCAAUCAUCACCGGCUGGCAGGGACUUAUUGACGACACCAUCAACACGCUCCAUCUCCUCUCCAGAGGUGUGAGGGAAGGCAUCAUGCAAGCUGUGAUGCUUGCCUUGUCGGCCUUGUGUGAGGAGCACUACCAGACUCAACCCAACCAAGCUGACUCAAAAAAGCAGAGUGCACUCAUAUCUCAGUACCUGGACAACCUUCAGAGCCCACAGAUGCUCACCCGUUGUGGCUCUGCCCUCGCCCUCGGCUGUCUGCCAGGCUUUAUGAUCCACGGCAAACUCAAACAGAUCCUGGACGGCCUUAGUCAGAUGCAAGCCGAUUGUCUGCGCGAGGGCCAUUUCCCAGAAGCUCGGAGGGAUGCAGUCCGAGCGCUAGCUCAAGUAUGCAUGAAAGCGGGCGUUUGUGCCGACGGCCCCUCGUCAUCGUUUCUGUGCCCGGAGAACAUCGCCAACAUUUACGAUGUCCUACUGGAAAGCCUGGACGACUACACCACAGACGGGAGGGGAGACGUUGGUGCUUGGGUGAGAGAGGCUGCAAUGACAAGUCUCAAGGACGUGACCAUCCUGGUGACCAGAACCGCACCGGAGAUCCUUCUUCCAGACCAGGUGAAGCGCAUGAUGUGCGGGCUUGCACAACAGUCUGCAGAGAAGAUAGACCACUACAGAGCACAUGCUGGCAACAUCUUCACAGAGCUCCUCCACUACAGUGACCCCGCAGUGCCCCACAUCCCCCACAGAGAUGAGCUGCUGAAGAUUUUCCCACCGGAAGUCAAAACCAGUUUGCAAUGGAAAGCUCCAUCCCAAGCGUUCCCAUACAUCACCAAGCUACUUGGACUCCCAGAGUACCAGUACCAAACCUUGGUGGGCCUCACUGUGUCUGUGGGCGGUUUGACCCAAUCCACAGUGACGGCCUCAUCCGAGUCAUUGGUUGACUACCUGCAUCAGAUACAAAACGACCACGGCGCUCUGGAGCACUUUGCCAUGGAGGCUUUGAUAAGAAUCUUAAGGGAAAAUUUGCGCAAUGCAAGGAUCGCCCUCCCUUUCCUCAAAAUGCUAAACCAACUCUUGUCCAGUGGCUGCUUUGAAAUAUUUACCACUGAAGAAGAUCACCCGUUCUGCGUGGAACUGCUGCAUCUUUGCGAAGUGGUCCGGCGAUCUCAUGACGUGUACAGGGUGCGCGCCUGUGUUGCUGUCUACUGUGGCCUCAUUCAGUUCCCUGGUGAAGUCCGGAAAGAGAUCUUUUACCAGCUUCUGAUGCUCAUCUGCCAUAAACUCCUUGUGGUAAGGACGACGACCGCCAGCCUGAUGUACGAAAUGCUUCUGACGUACGAUGACGUCGUUGAUCCCAACGUUUUGGACGACGUCAUGAACCUGCUCAGUGACACCAAUUGGGAGAGUCCACCUAGCGAUUUGCAGCACACUAAAAGUCAGUUGCGGGAUUUGUUGGGGGUCCCCAUGAAGCGACCGUUUUCUCAGAAAUCUUCCUAA